GGGUGUUGGUGCUAAUCAGGCACUGAGUUGAAUCUGUGUGGCAAGAAAUGUAACAAUGUUUCUAAAAUGUUUUGGUGAGUCGAGUUCAUCUGGAAGACCAUAUCCAACAGUAAUAGAAGAGCUGUGCCGUCAUUUUUCUCUUGCUGAUAUUCGAAAAUCAACCAACAAUUUUGAUGAUAACAGAGUAAUUGGAGAAGAAGGAUGGACUAAAGUAUACAAAGGUUGUCUCCAACAUAUUGAUGGUUCUGAUUACGCAGUCGCAGUGAAGCGAUUUAUUCCCGGUGAGCAGAGCACUGAAGCGUUCAAAAGAGAAGUAGAGUUAGUGUGUCAGCUUCAUCACCCUAAUUGCGUGUCUAUUGUUGGAUUUUGCAACCACAAAAAAGAGAAGAUCAUUGUGUAUGAGUACAUGUCCAAUAGAUCUCUAUAUAGGAAUCUCCAAGAAGCACUUCCAUGGAAAAAAAGGUUAGAGAUUUGCAUAGGAGCAGCGCGUGGACUACACUACCUUCAUGCAGGACUCAAGCGCACCGUCAUUCACCGCGACAUCAUACCAAGGCACAUUCUUUUGGAUCAUAACAUGCAACCAAAACUCUCAAGUUUCGAAUUGAGUAUACUGGGAGCACAUUUCAAGAAAAGACCCAAACCAAUACAAACGGAUCUUAAAGGUACUAUUGGCCACUUACCUCCGGAGUAUUUAAGGGACUCCACUGUCACAGAUAAAUGUGAUGUUUACGCCUUUGGUGGUGUUCUGCUAGAAGUUGUGUGCGGAAGUCUAUUUUUUCUUAAACAAAACGAAGUACCGGAGAAGUGUGUUGAGGAGAAUAUUGAUCCGAAAAUCAAAGGAGAGAUUGCAGCAGAGUGUUGGCAAGUGUUUAUAGAUAUAGCCUUGAGAUGCAUAAAGAAUGAAGCUGAUGAACGACCAGCAAUGGGUGAAGUGGAGGUGGAACUUGAGCGUGCUCUAUUGUUGCAGCAACAAGCAGAUCUCACAAACAUCGAUAGGGAUUAUACCUUAUUGUCCAAAACCAUUAUUAUCCAAAAAUCAGAGGGAGGACUUAAUUAUUUCAUUGGCCAAGAACAAGAACAGGAAUCCAAUACAGUGACUUAGAAUCCAAUACAGUGAGCUUUUGAAGUAGUCAUGUAUAAUUAAGAUAUAUCUACUUUUGUAGCUUUGCUUGUUCUAAGAAUUAAGACAUGAAAAGUUUGAUUUCACCGGC